UAUGUUUGAACUGGACCCACGAAUCGUUCAGUCGCCUCUUGGAGUUUAUCAUCGACGGUUCUUCGGCCGAGGUCCUUGUCGAGAAAGAUUUCUUUUUGAAACGAUACACGCUCCAUGGUGCUACGAGAUCGAUGAACUCGCGACCACGGGACCACAAGGAAUGAAACGUUCGUAUCGAGGGAUCCGUCAAUGGUGAAUCGUUGUCGUUUCCAUGAAUUGGCGAGGCAGAAUUGACUGAAAGUGUAUACAGACACUUGUUCACGAAUGAGAGGCAGAGAACGUGCCUUUUUACGAGCGACGAGGAUCCCUUGAAGAGCUUGGUGCGACCGAACGAGUAAAAUUAUGGACAGAGUACAAACAAAUUUAGUUUAUCACUGUUUUCUGCUCCUUGCUUGCAUUUCCCAUGCUUCAGCAAGUGAAUUGACUUUCGACGAAGUUGAUGCACUUCCGGAAACCAACGAAUAUGAAGAUGCUUCGAUGAUCAAUACUGCUCUACAAGCAUACAGACAACCACGAAUGUAUCGACGCGGUUACCACGAGGAUCACGGGUCCAUGUAUCAGGAUGACGACGAUGAUCACCACGGUAAUCAUAUGGAGGAUGAAGAACACGCUAUGAAAGCCAUGGAAAACGCGAGAGUCGAUUAUUGGGGCGGUUAUUACGAUUUCCUGAUAAACGAGGGUAGUUAUAAAUUCUGGGCCGUGUUUCAACUUGCGACAGCGGCCCUUCUUAUCUACAGCGGCUUCGCGGCGCUUUAUUACGCCAAAGUGAAUCCACCACCAAUAGACGACGAGUUCGAUAUUUUACGUCGACGAAGAUCGUUGUCCAUCUUCCCGCGAGAUAGAUCGUUCUGCGGUUUGGACAGUGUCACUUUUCAAAGGAUAAUCGACGCGGUUGCCAGGGAAAUUCACUGACAAUAAAGAACUACUCUUAUCUACGAACUCUAUCUUACAUAUAAUAA